AUGAAAAAAAAGGCAAAUAAAUUGAAAUGGAGGAGUGGAAUUGAAGAGAAGCACUGCGGAGCCGAGUUCACCACCUACAAUUUCACUUUUUCUCCCAACCAACCAAUUAGCCCACACACAAAUUGGGAUUUCUACUUUCAAACGCUUGAUCUUCUUCACUGGAAAGAGAAAAGGAUUAAAAUAAAGGGAUCUUCAAAAGAACAAACAAAAAUUGAAGAAGAAGAAGAAGAAGAAGAAGAGAAGAAAGAAAGAAAGAGAGAAAACAAAACAGGGGAAUCGUUUGUUUGUUUCUGUACAACAUCAGGUGUCUCGAUGAAGAAACCAGGUGCAACCGAGGAAUUAGAGAAAAAGCACGAAGAAUGCAGAAGCCGAGCAAGGGAGGACAGUGAGUAUGUGAGGUUGGUUAUACCUAACGUGCAAAGAAUACCUGAAGCAGAUACAGAAUCUGUAGCACAAUCGAGAAAGAAGUCUCUUGUGUGGUGGAUCAACUUCGUAAUAUCGUGUUCAGUCACUGUAAUACUGCUCCUUGCAUUUGUUAAGUGGGGCGUGCCAUUUCUUGUGGAGAAGGUUCUUUAUCCACUGUUGCAAUGGGAAGCCACAGCAUUCGGUCGUCCAGUAUUGGCGCUUGUACUCGUGGCCUCGUUGGCUUUGUUCCCCAUUUUUCUAAUUCCUUCGGGUCCUUCCAUGUGGCUAGCCGGGAUGAUUUUUGGAUAUGGCUUGGGUUUUGUCAUCAUUAUGGUUGGGACAACCAUUGGAAUGACAUUGCCCUACUUGAUUGGUUUACUCUUCCAUGACAGAAUUCAUCAAUGGCUGAAGAGAUGGCCUAAACAUGCUGCCAUGAUAAGGUUGGCCGGUGAAGGAAGCUGGUUCCAUCAAUUCAGAGUGGUUGCUCUUUUUAGGGUUUCGCCAUUUCCUUAUACGAUAUUCAAUUACGCGAUUGUGGUGACGAGUAUGAGAUUCUGGCCUUACUUAUGCGGAUCGGUUGCGGGCAUGAUACCUGAAGCAUUCAUUUACAUUUACAGUGGUCGGCUCAUAAGGACAUUAGCAGAUGUCCAGUAUGGGAACCACCAUCUGACUCUAGUCGAGAUUGUUUACAAUAUCAUCUCUUUCGUAAUUGCCAUUAUAACCACAGUUGCUUUCACGAUUUAUGCCAAGAGAACGUUGAGUGUGCUCGAGACAUCCGCUGGAGACUGUGAAAGAGGCUCGUCUGGUGGCAGCAAUAAGACAAGUUUAGAGCUGGGGAAACUUCCACUUGAAAAACACAAGAAUAGUUUUGCAUAUUCUUGA